AUUUUUGGUUCACUUUAUUCAGUGUAGCUAAGAGAGUGAAAGACAAGCGACGCACCUGAGACACCUUCAUUAUUGACGCAUGAAAAUAUGACUAAGAGCUGCAAAGAUUAUAUAAAGAUGAAUGUGAUUACGCUGUGCUUGCUGGCUGUGGCCAUGGCGAGAAGCACCAACGGAGGCCUGCCGCCCCCUGAGAGGCCCUACAAGAUCCUCAUGCUUCUUCCCGCCGCUUCUAAGAGUCACAAAAAUGUAUUUAUGGCUUUCUCGGAGGCACUGGCCGACCGCGGACACAAGGUAGUUAUACUCAGUGGUCUACCUCAAUCCUCGAAGCACCCAAACGUCUUGGAGAUCAAUCAUGAAAUGCCAUACAUGGGUGACGCAUCCAAAAGUGUAUUUGAAAAAGGAAAGUCAGUUGGAGGCGGCUUGGGGACAUUUGCAAUUACGCUUCCUGCCAUGGCCCGGGAAAUGUACAAGGUACCGUCAGUCAAACAGUUAUAUGAAAAGAGGAGAGAAUUCGACAUCAUUAUUGUCAACCACAUGUUCAAUGAGAUCGCGUACCCUUUCGUGCACAAGCUUCCAUUCAUCACUGUUGCCACGCCAGGGAUGGACGCCCGCCAGAGUGCCAUCUUGGGCAAUGUCCUCAACCCUUCCUACGCUCCUAAUUUACUCGGGAGCUACCCACAUCCAUUGUCUGUGUGGCAGCGAAUCAAGAACACUUUCAUGCAUAUCUUCAUUCCCUUCUUUUGGAGAAACUGGGCUGUCGUACCGCUGAUUCAGAAAGAGAUAUCCGCUCAGUUUCCUGACCUGCCGCCGCUUUUGGAUCUGGAGAGAAACCAGAGUCUUACAUUAAUAAACUCUCACUUCAGCAUCACCACACCUGUGCCACUUCUGCCCUCACAAGUAGAGGUGGGAGCCAUGCAUUGUCGCCCUGUCAAGCCUCUGCCACAGGACCUCGAAUCAUGGCUUAUAGGGGCAGGCUCUGAAGGCGUCAUCUACUUCAGCCUGGGAUCAGUCACGCGUGGUGAGUCCAUGCCGCCAGAGUACAUCAAAACCUUCCUGGAGGCUUUCCGCAGACUGCCACAACGCGUCUUGUGGAAGUACGAGGGAGAGCUGAAGGAUGCGCCUGACAAUGUCCGGAUCAGUAGUUGGCUCCCGCAGCAGGACAUCCUCGGUCAUAACAAUGUGAAGGUGUUCAUCUCCCACGGCGGCCUCCUCAGUCUUCAAGAGUCCAUUUAUCACGCAGUGCCUCUCCUCGUCCUCCCCAUCUUCGGUGACCAGCCCAGGAACGGCAUGUUCGUGAAGGACUCGGGUCUUGGUCACAUGUUAGUGUGGGAAGAACUUAGUGCUGACAGGAUCGUCAACGCCCUCACUGACAUCAUCAGCAACCCGAAGUACAAAAGAAACGUGGCCAAGAUGUCGGCGUCCUUGAGGGAUCAGCUGACGACGCCACAAGAGCGUGCGGUGUUCUGGACAGAGUACGUGAUCCGCCACCGGGGGUCACCCCAGCUGAGGUGCCCGGCCGCCCAGCUCUCUUGGGUGGAGUUCCUGAUGUUGGAUGUGGUGGGUCUCCUGUUGCUGCUACUGCUGCUGCUACUGCUUCUCAUCCACCGACUCCUGAAGGCAGUCUCCACCGCUCUCUUCAAUAGCAACGCCAAGAAGAAGAAAGAUUGAAGUUUCGAAAAAAUCGUGCUUUGCUCUUUUUGUUGUUUUAGCAGUAGUACUUGUGUUAAGUGAAAUAAUGGUGAGUUCAUGUACAUUUCAUAUUUUUCUUUUUUAUAACAGUGUCUAAAAGUUAAUAUUACCCAUGUUUUAGGUGUCGGAUGUAACAAUGAACUAAAAUUACACUGAACAGAUAACGUAAUAUCAACUUGAAGCUGAUGAAUAUUGUGAUGAAAGAACAUUCGGAUUGAACUAAACUACAGUUCACUCAUUGUCAUCGUUAUGACUCGAUUGGUAGAGCUGCGUUCCUUGAGCGUACUGUAAUUUCAUUGUAAUACAUAUAUCUUUAGAUAAGUUUUGUAGAAAUUAUCCCCCUUCACUCUUGACCGUGAUCUCUCUGCUAACGAAGACGAGUACUGUAUUAUUAUUUUAAAUAUAUAAGAUUAAGUUAAAGUUGGGACAAGUUUGAAUUAUAAAUAAAUUAAUGGCAAGGAUGGUAUAUUUAUAUCACAUUGAUUAACAGAAUUCGGAACAAACCAAUGGGAACAAUGGCGCGAACAUUGUGACGUCUGAUCGAAACACAUAAAGCUGACGACGUAAUUUUGAUUCAGACAGCACAGUCUAGUGAUCACGGGGAAAAACGGCUGUUACUGAGAGAAAUUUGAUACCGUAGAUUUAGAGCCACAAUUCAAAUUAUGUAUAUAAAUUAGCUUAGCUACCAAAUUUACUUGAUGCUUUACAUACAUGUAUUUAUUAGCAUAAGUUAUCUAUUGAGGACUAUCAUUAUGGAGCGGCUUUAAAAAUUAUAAUGUUCAAUUAUGAAGUUUAUGAACUUUAAAGCAACUUCUGGUAGAAAUUAUUAGAUUUACCUUGUCUUGCAGAUAAUUAUAAAUCUAAGUGUAUUUUAUAUGACAUGGAAUUACAAAACUGUAAGUGAUUCGUAAUUGAUACUUAGUGGAAUAAAAAAAAUUCUGUGAAAAAAAA